CUGGAAUAUAGUUGGAUGGCGCUGUAUUUGUCCGCGGUGCUUGGUGGAAGCUUGCCGUGCUUGUGGUACCUACCUGUCGAGCUUGACAGAGCUUGCCAUGGCUUGUCUUGAAGUACAUAAAGCCGCUGCUCGAACAUGCAGAAAGAUCAACCUCCAGCCAUCUUGUCUUAUCUGAUCUCUACGAGUCGAAAGAAACUCUGACCUGGGUUGCCUGUUUCGUGCGUGAGAGGCUUACUCGACCAGUCACAAGAUGAAGGUCUCCCCACUUGUCUGGGUGCUACUGGCAAAGGCCAUUGAGGCUGCCCCUCAACCUAUCACCGCCUCAUCCGGUGUCGGCGCCACUACAUCGGACGUCUACCCGCCAGCAUCCACAUCGGUCGACUCGUCCCAGUUCCCUCCAGAGUCAGUGGUGCAGUUCCCCGGCCCAACGUUGACCGGCUUGGAGCCAGCCGCAGCCCAGACAGCUCCCCUGUACCCAUACAACACUCUGGGCGCUGCCGCUUUUCCUCUGGUUGCUGCUCAGCCUCAGGGCUCCAACUCAAGUUCCAAGGUCGACAUCACUCGCUACUGGGGGAACUUGUCGCCGUGGUAUUCAUUGUCGUCUGCCGACUAUGGAUUGCCAAAUGCAAGCCCACUCAUCCCUAAGGGCUGCUCCAUUAACCAGGUUCACCUCCUGUACCGCCACGGUGCACGGUACCCGACCAGCGGCGCUGCACCCGCAACAUUUGCUGCUAAGCUUGCCAAUGCCACCAAGGGCGCUGGUUUCCAGGUGACCGGCGAGCUGGCUUUCCUGUCCGACUGGAGUUACAAGCUGGGUGCUGAGCUUCUGACUCCCUUCGGACGCAGCCAGAACUUCCAGCUCGGCGUGGCAUAUCGCCAAUUGUACGGUGAAUUACUGAACAACUUCACCGCCCAGGGUGCCCUCCCUGUCUUUCGCACUGAAUCUCAGGACCGGAUGGUCAAGACGGCCGAGAACUUUGCAGCUGGUUUCUUCGGGGUGCCUGAGUAUAUGGACCAGGUCAACAUUGAGAUCCUUGUCGAGACUCCCGGUGUGAACAACUCGGGGGCCCCUUACGAGGUCUGCAACAACUCCAACAUCGCCAGUAAAGGAAGCAUUGGCAGCACUGUUGCGACCCAGUUCGCCAACAAUGCUUUCAAUGUUACCCUCGCCCGCUUGAACUCCCAGAUCUCUGGCAAUCUCACUUUGACGCCCACCGACGCCAUCGCUAUGCUUCAGCUCUGCUCGUACGAGACCGAUGCUCUCGGAUAUUCCGCCUUCUGCGACCUAUUCACGCAGCAAGACUUUGAAAACUACGAAUACUACUAUGACUUGUCCUUCUACUACAACAACGGCCCCGGCUCCCCCGUCGCUGCAGCCCAAGGCAAAGGCUACCUCGAGGAGUUCGUCGCUCGAUUCACGCACACCUACCCGGCCGCGCUGUCUGCUCUCAAUGAGACAUUCGACGACACCCCGACGUACUUCCCGCUCAACCAGUCCAUCUACGCCGACGCGACCCACGAGGUUGUCGUUCUCGACACACUGACGGCCUUCAACUUCACGGCGCUGUUCAACGGACCCGCGCUGAACACGAAAUCCAACACAGGAAGCAACAACUUCGUGGCCAGCAUGCUCGUGCCCUUCGCCACGCACUUCACCGCUCAGGUGCUCGAGUGCCCCGCCAUGAGCCCGUCCAAGCAGAUCCGAUUCAUCGUCAACGACGCCGUCAUCCCCGUCUCGGACUCGCACCCGGGCUGCCCCGUCGACCCCAACGGUCUAUGCCCCUUUGACAACAUGGUCAAGGUGCUCCAGCAGCGCAUCAACGAGAUCGACUUCAACUACGACUGCUACGCCAACUACACCGCCACGGCGGGUGUCAACUACAACGGCCGUGCGCCCCGUAACGCCCCCUCCUAGCAAUGUCAUGGUUUGAAUAAUAUGUGAAGCCGCCGCUGUGUAUUCUAAGGCUUUUACACAAAGCGGGAAAAAGCAAUCGGUGGUGGCUGCCCGGGGGACAUGCUGAUGGAGGCGUUAUUGAAUGCCCGGUCUUCACCAGAACUCAAGUGCCCCGAGAUAAUACCACUGCCAAGUACAUUAGAUGCGAUAUAAUGAAGAUUCCGCAAGUUCCCUAGAACUGCUACAUGUACAUGAACAGGUCCAUGUUGAGGAGGGUACGGUAUGAAGAAGUUGCCCCGCCAUUCCGGCGCCUAUGACACCAGCGACGCAGCGAGACAGCUGGCUGGGGUAUAUUGCACGAGCGCC